AUGCUUGAAGGUGGCUGGUACAGAACAGGAGACCUAGGUUACAUCGAUGCCAAGGGCUUCCUAGUCGUUAAGGAUUGGUUGAAAGAUACAAUCAAGUACAAUGGGUUUCAGGUGUCACCCGUUGAGCUCGAAGAGAUACUGGUUCGUCAUUCGGAUGUUGAAGAGGUAGCCGUGUGCGGUAUUUGGAGCGAGGAAGCCUCGUCCGAUUUAGUUCGUGCUUAUGUGGUGCCCAGGAAGGGAGUCGAGGUAUCUGCUGGUACAGCCAAGUCAAUUACCGAGUUUCUGAAGGGCAAGGUUUCGAGAUUAUCAUCUUUUACGCACGAACGUCUCUGGGUUGGAAUAACAGCCUUGCGUCUGUCUAGAGUAGCUUUGGAAGACAGCUACCGAUAUGCUCUUCGUCGAGAAACCUUUGGCAAGAAACUCUUCGAGAACCAGGCUAUCCGGCUCAAGUUCAGCAGAAUGAGUGGGUUGAUAGAGUCUGUCCAUCAUCUGAUGGAGGACUUGGUACGCCACUCAGCUCUUGUGUCGGCUCUUGAGUUUUCACCAUGGGCUGCCCUGCUCAAGAUGCAAGCAGCUCAUAACCUCGAGACAAUCUCCCGUGAGGCUCAACAGAUAUUUGGUGGACUUAGCUAUUCUCGUGUAGGUGCUGGAGGCCGGGUCGAACAGAUUAGUAGGGAUGUCAGGGUCUUGGUGGUUUCUGGUGGGAGCGAGGAAAUCCUGCAGGAUAUGAUUGCUAAACAGCAGAAGAAGUUGGCCCGGUUGUAA